AUUUAUUUAGUGAGUUUAUAUAAUUUUAAUUCUCUUUGGCAACAGUUGUACUGUUGCCACCCCAUCAAGCACCAACCCCUAUGCCCUACUCUCUCUCUCAAAGCUUCUUAUUCCCUCUUUUUAAGUAAUCCUUCCCACUCAUACUGCAUCCCCUCUCUCUCUCUCUCUCUCUCUGAAGAUACCAACUUCUUCUUUCCUCUUCUUCCAAUGGCUGCUACAGAAGCGAAGGCAGAAGCUAAAGAGGCACCUAAAGAAGUAGUAGAAGAAACUUUAGCACCUCUCAGAGGCAAGACAUGGGUCUUGAAAGUCUCCAUCCACUGUGAAGGCUGCAAAAGAAAAGUCAAAAGGGUUCUACUUGACAUUGAAGGUGUCUACAAGGUAGAUGUUGAUUUGAGGCAACAAAAAGCCGUCGUAAUAGGGAAUGUAGAGGCAGAGACUUUGAUUAAGAGACUGUUAAAGACGGGGAAACAUGCAGAGCUUUGGCCUGAAAAGGCUGACUCAAAAGAGAAAAAGCGCAGCAAAGGAAAGAACAAAGAGAAGCAAAUCGAACAAGAAAGCUCUGAAGAAAGCAACCAUGGCGAUGACAAGGAAAAAGAGACGGCGAAAGUUCAAGUCCAAGACUCUGCUAAAAAUGGUGAAGGUGGCAGCCACUGUAAUGUUGUCAGUGAAGGUGGUAAAACCGGUGGACAAGCGAAGGAGCCGAAGCCUGAGGUGAAGCAAAAUGUAACCGUAGCGGCCGGUAGUCAGUCACCGGUGCCUGAGCAGAAGGGUGCUGGCGACGGUGAGAAUGGGAAUGAGAAAAGUGGUGGGGGUGGUGGUGGUGGUGGUGGGAGUGGCAGUGGAGGUAAAAAGAAGAAAAAGAAAGGCCAAAAGGCGACCGUCACUAUUGACGAGGCUGGACAUCCUGGCGAUGCACCGCCACCUGGCAGUGGAUCACCGAAUCAUGGGCAUGGGCACGGGCACGGGUACGCGCACGAUCAUCAAGGCCCAUUAAUGACUGAAAUUCCAGCUGCGGGCAAUCACAGCCAUACACCUCAGCACGUGUACCAUCAUCAAUACCCACCACAAUACCAACCACAUUACGAUGCACCGCCAGUGUAUGCAACGAGCUACAGCAGAGCACACCCCGUUAGUAGCCACGUCACACACUAUUCGUCGCCACCACCGUAUUCACACACGUACGUGCAGCACCCGGUUCACGACCCCGAGCUGGAGCAUCCACCGUCGGAAUAUUAUUACGACCCGCACCCAUCCGCUUCUUCGUUCGAGCUAUUCAGUGAUGAAAAUCCAAAUGGGUGCUCCAUCAUGUGAGCAAAUGGAGCGACCACAUUGGAGAUUUUGGGUAUAGGCAAAGCUUAUACUGCUCGUAUAAGCCAAUGGGGAGAUAAUUUUCGUGACGUGAUGUAUGUAGAUAUGAAAAGACAUAAAUGGGGCUUGCUCUACUGCUCUAGUGGGUUUUUGGUGGGGUAUUUGUGGUAAUUUAGUACUACUGUUUACUGUUGAGUUUGGUUUAAAAGUUGCUGUCUGCUUA